GAGCCAAUGAAGAGAUGAGCCUAAGCCCAGAGUCAGCCGGUUAUCACUACAGGCUUCUGUUAAACGUAAAAAAGCAAAACAAAAAUGUUUCUGUUUGAAACUUAUUAGGAUUUUGAACCGAGUGCAGAGGCUUUCCACACACGGCCAUUCUCAAGACUCUGGAAAAGGACAGGUUUCCUUUUAGCCUGUGCCCUGACUGUCACAUUGUUCUUCAAUUAAAGACUAGAUGGGAUCUGAAAUGAAUCUAAUAGGACAUUCCCAGCUACCUGGUGCUGAUGGAUUUUCACUUCCUGAAGGUCCUAAUCUAUUUGGUGUUCUUACAGAGGCAAUGAGUUCUCCAGUGCAAGAGCCAGAUGUGUCACCUUAUACACAGUACAGCAGUAUGCCGUUCCCCCCAGUUCAGCCUCAGAUUUCAUCACCACCUUAUUAUUCCAACCUUGGCUUUUACCCCCAGCAGCCUGAAGAAUGGUAUUCCCCUGGAAUGUAUGAACUCAGGAGAAUCCCCUGUGAGAACUUUUUCACAAGAGAGACAGAACUAGCGGAUAUACCCGUAGCCAAGAAGUCGAGACUGGGCCACUCCACGGGAAGAGUGAAAGGAGAAGAGCUAUGUGUUGUGUGUGGUGACAAAGCAUCUGGAUACCACUAUAAUGCUCUGACUUGUGAGGGGUGCAAAGGCUUCUUCAGAAGAAGUAUCACUAAAAAUGCUGUAUACAAGUGUAAAAAUGGAGGCAAUUGUGAGAUGGACAUGUACAUGAGAAGAAAGUGCCAGGAGUGCCGCCUGCGGAAAUGCAAACAAAUGGGGAUGUUGGCUGAAUGUAUGUAUACAGGUUUGUUAACAGAAAUACAAUGCAAGUCAAAACGUCUAAGAAAAAAUGUGAAACAGCCACCUGAUCAGACAGCCAACGAAGAUAACGAGGGAGCGGACCUGAAGCAAGUGACAUCUACAACUAAAAUAUAUAGGGAGAAAGUAGAACUUACCCCUGAACAGCAGAACCUUCUUCAUUACAUCAUGGAUUCGUAUAGUAAACAAAGAAUUCCUCAAGAGGUAUCAAAAAAACUUUUACAAGAGGAAUUCAGUGCUGAAGAAAAUUUUCUCAUCUUAACAGAAAUGGCUACCAGUCAUGUUCAGGUUCUUGUGGAAUUCACCAAAAAGUUACCAGGCUUUCAAACCCUUGAUCAUGAAGAUCAAAUUGCUUUGCUGAAGGGUUCAGCAGUAGAAGCCAUGUUCCUUCGUUCAGCUGAGAUCUUUAAUAGGAAACUUCCUGUAGGACACGCUGACCUUUUAGAAGAAAGAAUUCGCAAAAGCGGUAUCGCUGAUGAUUACAUAACCCCCAUGUUUGGUUUUUAUAAAAGCGUUGGAGAACUGAAGAUGACAGAAGAAGAGUAUGCUCUGCUUACAGCAAUAGUUAUCCUAACUCCAGAUCGACAAUACAUAAAGGAUAGAGAGUCUGUGGAAAGACUUCAAGAACCACUGCUUGAAGUUCUACAAAAACUCUGCAAGCUUUACCACACUGAUAACCCUCAACAUUUUGCAUGUCUUCUGGGCCGUCUUACAGAAUUACGGACAUUUAACCAUCAUCAUGCAGAGAUGCUGAUGUCAUGGAGAGUGAAUGAUCAUAAAUUUACCCCUCUUCUCUGUGAAAUCUGGGAUGUUCAGUGAUAAAUAUUUUUAAAGGACCAAAUAGCAUUUAUUUUCAUAGAACUACUCAACAGUUAUUUCUUUAACUUUUCUUUAUUUCUUUUUUACAGAAAACACACAAAGGAUUUCAUACAGAAACUUUGUUCAUUAUGUACUGAAUGUUAUGUAACUAUCAGCCUUUCACAUGUGAAUAUAGAACAACUUUCCCUGUAUUUAUACUUUCAGAUCAAAGAGAUAAUCUUCAGCAUCACUGAGAUAUCCUAUUAGUUCCUUUUGAAAUGAAUGAUUAUAUUUUUCAGUUAUUUCUUUUAAAAUGGGUGAUGCAGGUUUUCAUAAUAUUUGUUCAUCACAGUACUAUUAUGCUUGACCUUUUGUAUUAAAGGACAUUGUUCAAAUAUUUACUGUAAUAAACCAAUGGAAAUUAUUUAUGCCA